CUCAGUAGGACCGCAGCCUAGCAAUCCAGGCAUGUUGGAAAGCUUGUCCUUGUACUCUAUAUGUCUGUCUGCGUUAGUGACGAAGAUGGUUGGGGAAAGCCAGGCCCUGAAAUCAUUCAAAUGACACUCUGCUUUCAACAUAAACAUGUGCCGUGCUGCUCUCCAUCAGAUCCAUCUUCAUCAGAGGAUCAGAUCAAAGGCCUGCACAACACUACCUGCCAUGAUGUCAGUCACUGAAACUGCAGCUCAAGGGACCCAACAACUAACCGGUACUACAUUCCUCUUCACCGAAAUCCGACAAAGCUGGGCUCAUGGGACCAAGUGGGAAGUUUGAUCUUGACGUUCUAGCAGAAGACAAGACGUCUGAAGAUGUUCGGGAGUUUUUGCCUCUUGGUGACAUUUCUCUCGGGACUGUCCGGCUGCUUUGGCUCGUACGUGCCGUGCGAGCCGUGCGACGACAAGGCGAUGUCCAUGUGUCCUCCGAUCCCGAGCGGCUGCCAGCUGGUCAAGGAGCCGGGCUGCGGCUGCUGCCUCACAUGCGCGCUGUCCGAGGGCCAAGCGUGCGGCGUGUACACGGGGACGUGCGCGCAGGGUCUCCGCUGCCUGCCCAGGAGCGGGGAGGAGAAGCCCCUGCACGCCCUCCUCCACGGCAGGGGAGUGUGCACCAACGAGAAGGGCUACAAACCAGCGCACCCACCAAUAGAUCGUGAGUCUCGAGAGCAUGAGGACACCAUGGCCACAGAGAUUACAGAGGAGCUGCAGCCAGCUAAAGUUCCACUCCUUACGAAAGACAUUGUCAACAGUAAAAAAGUCCAUGCAAUGCGUAAGGAGCUUAAGAGGAAGCUGGGAAAGCAACGCUCCAUGGGCUCCCAGAUGGACUACUCUCCUCUGCCCAUUGACAAACACGAACCUGAAUUUGGACCCUGCAGGAGAAAGCUUGAUGGGAUAAUUCAGGGAAUGAAGGACACUUCUCGAGUAAUGGCUCUGUCUUUGUAUCUUCCCAACUGUGACAGAAAAGGUUUCUUCAAACGCAAGCAGUGCAAGCCAUCCCGUGGCCGCAAACGGGGUAUCUGUUGGUGCGUGGACAAGUAUGGCGUUCAACUCCCCGGGACAGAUUACAGUGGCGGAGACAUUCAGUGUAAAGACCUGGAGAGCAGCAAUAACAACAAUGAGUAAAAUGGAAAGAAAACGGACCACAAUCAACCCCAACCCCACAACCCUAACUUCGACAUGACCCGGGGGCCGACAUUUCCUCUCUGAAUCACACCUUUAAUCUCCCUUCACUUCAAGAGUUAUUCUUUUCAGAUUUUAAGAUAGAAAUUCAACAUGAAAGGACCAGGAUUAAGAAGAAAGACUGCAAAUUUUCUGACCAAACACUCAUCUCCAAAUGAGGGGAAAAGUUAUAAGGAGGUCUCUCGACAGCAGCGCACAUGGGACCCCUUGUGCCAGCUGGGUUCACGGGCUGCAUAUUCAUAAAAAUAUAUGCACGCGAUGGAUAUAUUUUUAUAACUGGGGGCUUUCUGUGAAGCAGAUGUAUUCAUAUACAUUGAUGUUGUAAAAACAAAGCAAAAAUAAUUGCAUUCAGAACUAUUCACAAUCGAACUUUGAAUUGGCUGAGCUUUUGUAUUUGCAUUUUCCUGAAGCAUAACUGAGACAGGGGUGUGCUGCACCAGUUUUUGGGUAUGUGGUUCUGUCCGAGCACUUAUAAACAGGGCAAUCUUCUUAGACGUGUAACUUCACAAAAUAAAGUGAGCUUGAAUGCGUGUAUGUUUACAGUGUGAAUGUGUGUAUUAGCCUGCUUUGGUGUAUAAUGGAGUGAGCCUAUUACAAAAAAAGAAUGUCAUUUUUUUUCUCUCUUGUUUGAUUUUGUCACAAGUACUGCUCGUAGCGCUUGAGGUGGUAUUGAGACUGUCCUUUUCUCUCAUGUAAAAUAUGUUUUUGGACGUGGAGCGUUUGGCAGCAAAAGAGGAAUCAGAUCAUUACAGAUGGAUUUAUGUAUGUGGCUCUUUGACAAUGUAGCUAGCCUGAUAUGCCAACUGUGCCUAUUUGAGCAGACACUGCCAUGCGGGGUGACAGAGCCAAGCGAGCGCUGACUUAACUGGUGAAAUAAAGCAACACUUUUCACCUAAACUUUUGACUUUGACCUUUUGAGUUGAGUGCACAAUCAAACUUGCGAGGUCAGGCCGGUUGCUUCUCAGAUUCAGUUGCGUGAGGUGUCGUUUUGUACGGUUUUGUUUGAGCUGUUUUAUUUGCCUUCAGUGAAGUACAGACAGCCCACAUUUUUGAGCCAUGUUCCAUUUCAUCAAGUGGUUUCCACUCAGUACUUGGACUUCAGUGUGAUCAUGGUGUGUUUUAAUCUAGUCAUUGAAUUGUAUUCUUUCCUAUAGAAGCAAAGUUUGACAGCAAUUUAAAAUGUGCUUGGAAAAACAGCUGGAAUGGAUUCCAAUGUGUUAUUGUGAAUGACAUAGGGUGGUCAUAAGCUGGAAUACCUGACGUUUACCCAGUUUCAACUAGGAGUGUUAUCACAACAAACAGGUCAAUUUAAAUAGAACUGCUUUGUGUCUUUUGUAAAAGUCUCAGUGCCUUCCUAUAUGCAAAUACAGUGGAACCUCGGUUAGCGCCGUUUAUCUGUUCUGAAACGCACUCUAAUCAAAUACAUUUUUCCCCAUAAGAAAUAAUGCAAAUCCAAUUCACCCGUUCCAGACACCCAAAAAUGCAGAAAACAUUUUUAUCUUGAUUGAAGACGUGAUUGUUGAGAAAUAUGGGGAUGACGAGCAGAGACAUCAGAGAUAAGAGAUAUCCACACCUACGACACCUUCAUAUUUUGCUACGAGUUAUUUCUUGAAUUCAAAACUGUUUCUCACCUUCGUUAUCAAAAUGCUGGCACCUGCAACUUCCAUUGGCGCCAUUGUGGGUUAUUUUGCAGCCGUGAUCAUACGUUACUAGCACGGCUGGAUUCACGCAGUGUACCACUAGACUCGCGCCAACAGGGAAAUGUACACAAAAAUAAGACGUAAACCAAAAAAUGCGCCAACCGAGGCACUUGCUAACGCGAGGUUCCACUGUAUACCUAAAUGUGAUGCAACAAUGACACAGGUCACAUCUUUUUCAGAGCCCCUCAUAAGGACGACACUUCCUGUAGUGACAAUAAGGGUUAGUUCUUGGAUCAGUUGAAGUGGUUGGUGUCAAGGCUAUUCUGAAUGUGAACUGCUGUAUACCUGCAGUCUGUUGAACCUCCAUAUGAUCAUUGUUUCAUAACCGAUAAGCUAAGAUUCCUGUAAGCUCGUUUUGUUUUUUUGAAUACCAAUGUAUAUGAUUGCCAGACGGGGGACUCCAAAGUUUUUAUUUUUUUAUUUUAGGUAAAACAACAGUUCCCUCUGCUUCAACAAAGGAAACGGUUGCAAAUUCGAAAAGGCCUCCAGUUUUGAUUACAUUAUCAAGGCACUGCCCCACCCCUAGCACCCAAUCCCCUUUGCCACUUUCAAAAAAAAAAAAAAAAAAGCAGCUUGCACAUAUUUCAAGUACUCACUAUUGAUAUUGAUAAAUGACAAUGACCUAAGAUGUAGUAACAUGAAGUCAGUAGAAGAAAAAAAAUCUUAAUGUUGUUUAAUGUUGUGCUUACCUUGUAAAGGUUACUUUGGGUGAUAUUUUGUUGACAGGGGCUCUGCAGCCCAUGCCUGGGACCUCCACUACAGAAACAUAGAACAGAGAUAAUACUCAGCCUCAGGUGUUGUUAAAGCGUCUUUCACAGAGAUGAGCGUUAAGAUGCGUUGGUGGUGGGGCUGGUAUUUUGAGAGGCAGUGACAUGGGAAGAGUGACCACCUUGUACAGUGGAAAUAUUCAGGGUCUAGCCACUUCCCCUACAUGGGGUCAGCAACUGCAUAUCAUUAGAUACAGCUUGUAGGACAGUUAUCGGGAGUCAGUGAAAUCUGUGGAAUGACACACUACAGCCAGGUUUGGAUAACAAAAUGCAUUUUGUCGACAAAGGAUUAAGCGGCAUAGAAAAUGAAUGGCGAGAUUUUGUCGACAAAAUUCAUGUUACUUGGUUUAUUCAGCUAUGUGAAUUCCUGUGUGUCUACAAGUGGUUGGAAGUGGUGAGUUCCUCAGGUUUUUGUUGCAACUCCUUACUGGUUUUAACUCACACGUCAUACUUUAGGAGUACAGUAAAUACAGGCUUUUCUGAAUACAUAACCUGUUCUGGAUGUAAUGAAACAGUACAAUUGGUUAUCCAUAUUUGGUGUUCUCUGGCUUGUGAAAAAGAUCCCUACGUGGCUGGAGGAUGGGGGGAAUGGAAAUGGUCAGUAUUUGGAACGACAUAAGACAAAUAAGAAUAAAACAAAAAAAUCAAAUUAUUAAAGUGAAUAUCACUGUGUAAUAUUUAUUCAACUUGUAAUUUAUAUGUACUCUUUUAACCUUUGUCUUUUUUGUUAUGACAAAGCAUUUAUUUAAAUAAAGUUAUGUAUU